AUGCCCAGAAUCUGGAAGCGCCUUACUACUAUCAUCGGACUCGGCAUCCAGUGUUUUCGAAUCACCUUCAGAAACAUGAUCGGCUUCGUAAACCUAUUCAGGCGACAUGAAGAUGCGGAGGAACUGCGAAAAAAGCUUCAGGCCGCACGAGUCGAAUAUCCGGCACAGUCACAUCAGUUCUUCGUCCCCAAUAGCUCCAAGGAUUCCAUACUUACCAAGGAGGUGAUUGCCAGUGUGAUCCACGCGGCAAGGCCCAAAUUGGGGUGCAAUGGCGCUCGAGACCAAGCCGAACGGGUCUGCGCUGAAGCAAGGAACCUGUUCGCUAUUCUGGCGUACCUAAAGAAGGGACAAGACAUCUGCUCAUUCUUGGAUGAAGGCAUUUCGGACAAAGAUUUGCCAUUCGAGCGAAUCAAGAACAGCAAAUCCAAAUUUGCACUACAGCGAAAGGACAGAAGUCGAAUCGAAACUCUGGAUGCUUGGGAAGAAGCAGAUCUGGAGUCGCUGGGCGGAACGCAAUGGUGCAUGAUUGCCCCUAUUUUCAAAGACGAAACGAAGCACUACAAAUUCCAUAUGAACACUGUACUGCCGUUCAUGGACCCGGAAGGAGACGAAGAAGAAGAGCCCGUCAACAAAAGCGGAGGAGGGUACAGCGAAGUUUUCACCACUCGCAUACAUCCGGCACACCACAAAUUCGAUAACCAUUGGGCAUUGACGGAUCGAGAUCACAAGGUCGCAAUCAAACGUCUCCACAAGUCCGACUCAGACGAAUUCGAAAAGGAGCGGAGCAUCCACACAACCCUCGGACAGAAGAAAAAUGCAAGCCCACACCUUGUGAAACUCUUGGCGACGUAUGAGUACAAGGAAAAGUAUCACUUCAUCUUUCCUCGGGCAGAUUGCAACCUCCGCAAGUACUGGAACAAAAACCCGACACCAGAAAUCGACAAGAAGCACUUUCUCUGGUCACUGAAGCAGAUGUACGGCAUCGCAAAGGCUUUAAACAUAAUCCACAACUUUCGGGUGACCGUUAAGCUCGAUGGUAAAGGCCGCACAUCCACCGGCGGAGUCGAAUUCAGCGUGACGAAAGGCGAAGAGCUUUUUGGAAGACACGGUGACAUCAAACCGGAGAACAUCCUCUGGUUCCGGCGGAUACCCGAGCACCAAUACAAACGGGAGGCUGGCAUGGAAGAUCAAGAAGGAGGCGUCUUACAAAUCACUGACUUCGGCCUCGGCCGAUUUCACGGACAAGACUCCAAGACAGAGCCGCAGCCGAACGGUGUUGUCGGCUCUCCGACGUACGAGCCACCCGAGUGCCGGCUCCGCCGGCCAGUCUCCCGUGCCUACGACCUCUGGAGCCUCGGCUGUCUCUACCUCGAGUUCGCGACCUGGCUCAUCAUGGGCUUCGACGCCAUCGACCAUUUCUCGGAAAGUCGACUACGUACAUCGAGUCUCGACCCCGCGUUCGCUGAGGACUAUUUCUUCACUGUCGUACAUAAACCCGGCGGGACCAACGCCGAGGUGCGCGACGACGUCGUCAACUGGGCGCAAAGGUUGCACGAACAUCCGAACUGCUCGAAAUUCAUCCAUGAUCUCGUGGACCUCAUUAUGAAAGAUCUCCUCGUCGUCGAAGCCAAAGAUAGGAUCCAUGCGCGUGGACUAUGCGAUUCCUUCAAAGAUUUUCUCGAGAAGGCCAAGGAGGAUGAAAACUAUCUCUGCAAUCCGGAUCCACGCCCAAGAAAAGGCAGCUCACGCCAAGGAGGGAAAGAUUCACGACCAACGCAAAAUGAAUCACACACUAUGUCGAUAUCCCCACCAAAAACCUCCCCGAAGAAACCCACAUCCCCAAAGAAAUCCGUCGCUUUCGAAGACGAGGGAUCUUCCUCCAAGUCCAAGCAAGCCGGGAGUCGAGACCUCGUCGACCGCUCUGCAGGCACACUCGGAAGGAUCAACGAGAAUCAAAAUUGA